AACUGUCAAUCAAGGAAAGGCCGUCCCUGGUUGUGCUGAUGGUUUGUGAAUCGCGCGCAGAGAGAAUAGCUUCGAGUCUCAGUUGGAUACAGAGUAUCCCAGAGUGACGCUUUAAUAUAGUGUCCCUGAGUAAGUGACUGGUUGAGGGGUAUCCCCAUCAUGACCAAGGAGCAACUCCGGCCCAGGCUCUGUGUCAUCGAGAAAGGCCCGAGUGGAUACGGCUUCCACCUGCAUGGGGAGAAGGGCAAGACCGGCCAGUUCAUCCGCCUGGUGGAAGCGGCCUCUCCAGCUGAGCGAGCGGGGCUGCGGGCCGGCGACAAAGUGGUUCAGGUGAACGGGGACAAUGUGGAGCAGGACAGCCACCAGCAAGUGGUCCAGAAGAUCAAGGCGGUGGCUGAGCAAACCCGGUUGCUGGUGGUGGACAGGGAGACGGACGAGCUGCUGAGGGCCCGGGGGCUAGUGUGCAAGGAGGAAUACAUCAACGGCAUCCCCGACCCCACGGAAUCGGUUCAGGAGCAGCAGGAGGAGCCCGAAGAGAAAAGCCCGGCAGCCGAGACCAAAGCGGCAGACACUGUGUCUCAGAGCAGCAGCGAGAAGGACAUGUCUGACCCCCCAAAGGAACUGCGUCCUCGUCUCUGUCGUAUGCAGAAAGGUGCCAAUGGUUACGGCUUCAAUCUGCACAGUGAGAAGUCAAAGAUCGGUCAGUAUAUCCGGGCUGUGGAUGCUGACUCUCCUGCAGAACGUUCCGGACUGCUGCCUCAGGACCGCAUAAUUGAGGUCAAUGGUGAAAACGUUGAAGGGAAGCAGCACUCUGAUGUGGUGACAGCCAUUAAGACUGGUGGUACAGAGACCUCACUAUUAGUUGUCGAUCCAGAAACUGAUGAAUUUUUCAAGAAAUGCAAAGUUUCCCCAUCAGUUGCACAUCUUACAGGACCUCUUCCACAACUGAUCGUGAAUGGGGAUAUCGAACAGAAGGCGAAUGGAGAUGUAUCUGCGACAGUGACACCCACACCAGCACCAUCUUCAAACUCCUCAUCUUCUCCAUCAACCCCAACAACUCCAUCGAGGGAUACAAGUAUCCCAGUAGUCAAGCCCCAGCUUGACAGUGACAAAACAGUUGGUGAGGUGGGUCUGAGCCUCAGUACCUCUGCAGCAGAGGCCAAGGAGAAGGUGCAUUCGAAACGCUCCAGUAAGCGGGCCCCGCAGAUGGACUGGAGCAAGAAGAAUGAACUUUUCAGCAACUUGUAAAGAAGAAAGAACCUUCGCUAAUCUCAGCUUCAGCUUUAAUAACCUCAAAAUGUUAAUUUCCUUAGUAAUUUUGCUUUCCCAAACCCAGUUGAGUCUUAACCUGGUACAUUCAGAGGGCUGAGUCCUUCCCUACUUCUGUUUCCCCUUUUGUUCAGAUCCAGAUCCCGGUCAAGUCAGGUCAUCAUUGGCCUGGCUUUUGUUCAUCAAGCAGGGUAUUGAGCCCUCCCUGUCCCACUCUGACUAUAACUUUUGCGCAGACUCUGUGCUGCCUAACCCAGGAGCUGUGCAUGGUGUGCUGGAAUCCCAUGGGCACCUCUCACUAUCUGCUCCUGAUGCCAGCACUCACUUGGGCAGGGGCAGCACUGUGGGGUCAGGGACACUCUCCUGUCUUCACUUUGUUCAAGUCUCUCUGCUACCCAGUUGCAAAGCUUUUGGUGAACAGUGUGCACUUUAAGACCAGUGUUCAUUACACAGUCCUGAGCUUAACCAGGUCACCUUGAAUAAAAGCAGGACAGAUUUACAAUCUCUUCAAACAACUGAGUCCUGUGCUGUGAACACUGAACCAUUCAUUCACAAACCUGGUGAUUUUUGGAAUUUUGUUCCUUUCUCCUGAUGAACAGGAGGUUUUGAAUCUCUGUCAAGAUCUGUUUGAACUUACCCACACGAAUUAUCUAUUAAAGAACACACAGUUCUGCCAAUGACAAGAUCAAAUUUUGCAUCUCAUUUUUCUCUAAUCUGUUAUGUGCGGUUAUGAUGUCUUCUUUAAAAUUUAGAUUCUUCGGUAUUAAAAUCGGGUCUAAUCUGCAAACUGAAAUCGACAAACAAUUAGCAAAGAAGUUAUUUAGUAACUAGACGAGGCUUUUGUAAGGGGCGAUGGCUGCUUUCAUGAUGAUAAAGAUGUACAAAUUAGUGCUGACAAACCACUAGUCCAUGCGAGGAUGCUUGUGUCUCAGUGGCCUGUGUUGACCUUGGGCAGGUAGCUACCCAUCAGAAUUGCAUGGAUAUUGGUCACAGUCCCAAUCCAAGCUCCAAGUAAUUGUAGAAGAGUGUAGAUUUCUCUGGAAAGUGGAUGUGGAGCCAUUUUGCCAACACUCUAAAUGAUUCAGGUUACUGGAAAGUGUUGCCAUACAAGAACUUAAUUUGGGCUUUCAUUUAGAGUAUAAUUCAAACCAUGGAAUCUCAUCUCUUCUUAUCAUAUUCCUUCAUCCCAUUUCUUUCCCAUUUGCUGUUUACUUUUCAGAUUUCCUUUUCAAAGACCAACCUUACUCUCAGUCAGUAUUGGUGAUGCUGAAUGACGCUUUGAGUCAGAUCACAGCAAGGUAUAAACUGGCCCUGCAGGUUGAGAUAACUGCUCGCCUGUGUAUGUUUGGUGAGAGUGCAAGUCAGUUUUGGUCUUUUCACCCCUUCCACCGUGAUGUGCCAUUGAGUCUGGUUAAUCUGCUUUGAACAGUCUGAUCUAGUUAGUGAUACUUGAUUUCUCAUUCCCUGUUUGACUCUUGUUACAGGAGGGUAUGAUCUGUCUAUUAGUGUUGAUUGUUGGGUUUACCUUUUCGUUUGGAAACAUUCUCUGGGAUUGGGUAUUAAAGGGACUCGUUUAUUUGUUCUUAACUGUCAGCAUCAUCAUCUUCUGGUUUUUGUUGCAUUUUGGGUGUUUUCUUAACUCAUUCCAUCCAGUUCACGAUACUCCCAUCUCCUCCUGUACUUUAGAUGGCAUCAUGAUUGACUGCAUGCUUCCUGUAGUUUUCUCACCAUCAAUGAUGUGAAUGAUCUACUUUCAUUUGGCACAAGAAAGUUCUGAUCUAAAAAGAUUCCAGAACCUGGAAAUCCAACAGGCUUGGCAUUUGCUUUCAAAGAGGCUUUCAAUUUGGAUUUUAAUUUACUUCAAUAAAAGCUAGGUUCAGAAUUCAGCAUUGAUUAGACGAGAGUGACCUCCUCAGCCUGUCACUGUGGCGAGUUGUAAGGAGUAGUUUAGAUCAGUCAUAGUAAUGUGUAAACCUGCAGAGACACUGACUCUAGUAUGACAGCUAGAAACUCUCAAUUUCUAAUUUCUAACUGUAGAAUCAUGGUCUUGGGCUGUUAUACUUGAGGUCAGAGACUUUAUACCCCAGCCUUAGUUUAACCCUCAGGAUCCCUUCUCAAGAUGAUGCCUGGGACUUGUGACAAGGACCCUGCCUGAUUUAUAAGAUAGAUGGUUUCUCAAGGGAUUCACAUACUACCCUGGGGUGCAGUGCCUCAACACCAAUUUUCAGAGUUGCUGGAUUUAGUCCCAGUUUUGGGCAGUACAUCAAGGAUUAAUCUUGAUAUAGUCAUGGUCUUUGUCCAAAUAUGGCAUUAUAUCUCAUCGCUCUGUUUUAGAUUGCAUUUUCCUUCUUUACAUGACAGUUUCUACACUUUAUAAUUUUCUUUAAAAGCUUCUGACCUAUAUUGGUGGUAAGAUGGAAACAUUUCUGUGAAAGUGAAAUGCCAAUCAUAGCCCCGGGAAACCUCAGCUGAGAUUAAUCCUUCGUGUACAUUUGUUGUUAAUUUUGAUUUUGUCAGUGCACUGUGUUUGAUGGCAUUGGAGCACAUGUAGUCUGAUUUAAUUAGCACAGGUUCUCGGUUAGAGACAUUGCAAAUUGUAGAGAAGAGUUUUAUUCCUGUGUAUAAAAGGCAGAGAUCAAAGUAUUUCUUGCUGUGUAGCUUCAUGUGAAAUAGCAGAAUGAUUUGUUGUCCAAAUUCAAACACAAAUAAUUUUUAGAAACUAUAUUUUUACCAAUGUCUGUAAAUUUUAAGAAAUAAAAGUUAAAAUCAAAGAA